UUUCCCCACCUCUCUGUUUCCUUCCACUUCCAGGAACCCUGUUUUUUCCACUUCUCCCUCCCCUCCCUUUCUUCUCAACCUGACCUUUAAUGCAUCCUGUGAAUGUUGACUAUCAUUUUCCUUUCUGAGGGAAAGGAAAACCACUUCCAGAAGGUUUCCAUGGAGGAGUCCUACACUACUCUUUUCCUCUCCCUCCCCAGCGCAGCCUUGCUACAGAAGAGGGGAACAGGGUCUGCCUCUGCCGAACCAAAUGGCCUUUCUCGGCCUGGGCUGCGGCCAAUUUAGGGCACCCAAGGUGGGACCUUGUUCACACCUCCAGCUCCAUACGCCAGGUUUAUAGCACGGACAGCGCCGCCCUCUAGUGUUUGCAACCGGGAACCCUGGGGCUCCAUCAGAUCCGGAAUUUGGAGCCCAGUUCUCCUCCAGCGCCACCCCGCGCACUGCGCCUCGGCUCACCUUUUCAUCCCACCCACCCCCUUCUCCGUCCAGUGGUGACCUGCGUGCCUGCAACCUCCGCGGCUGAUUUGACAGACUGCCCUCUGUUCCUGCUCCUCCUCUUGCAGCCCGUCAGCGCGUGCCACCCACUGCUCCGCGGCCGCCCAGAGCGCCGCGCUCCCCGCUCAGUCUGGCCCAGGGCCCGGGCGGCCGGGACGCCGGAGCGGAGGGCGCCCCGUGGCUCCUCGUACGCCAGACCCGGGUGUUGAGAGAAGCGGCGCUUUGAUAAAGCUCGAAAGAUAAAGGAGCGGUUCCUAGGGAGACUUCUGGAGCUGCACUCGCCGUCCACAAGGAACUCUCCAUUCAGAAGAAAUGCUGUGGCCUUUCCCUUUACCAACAGAAAAUGAAACACAAGAGACUAUGUAGAUGAAGAAAUUAUAGCCUUCUUAUAAAUGAGAGACAGUCAAGAUCACACAGCUUCCCACAGAAGGGAAAUAACCAACAGCUUCUCCACAGUGUAGAUUGGAACCAGAGAAACAUGAACCUCACGAACUAUACCACGGAAGCCAGUGUGGCUGUAAAACCCAAGACUGUCACUGAGAAGAUGCUUAUUUGCAUGACUCUGGUGAUAAUCACCACACUAACCAUGUUAUUGAACUCUGCUGUCAUCAUGGCCAUCUGCACCACCAGGAAGCUCCACCAGCCUGCCAACUACCUGAUCUGCUCCCUGGCCGUGACUGACCUCCUAGUGGCGGUGCUCGUCAUGCCCCUGAGCGUCAUGUACAUUGUCAUGGACAACUGGAGACUGGGGUACUUCAUCUGUGAGGUGUGGCUGAGUGUGGAUAUGACCUGCUGCACCUGCUCCAUCCUCCAUCUCUGUGUGAUCGCACUGGACAGGUACUGGGCCAUCACCAAAGCUAUUGAAUAUGCGAGGAAAAGAACAGCCAGGAGAGCUGGCCUGAUGAUCCUCACCGUGUGGACUAUCUCUAUUUUCAUCUCCAUGCCCCCUCUGUUCUGGAGGAGCCACCGCCAAGUCAGCCCGCCCCCCAGCCAGUGUACGAUCCAGCAUGACCAUGUCAUCUACACCAUUUACUCCACACUUGGAGCAUUUUAUAUCCCUUUGACUUUGAUCCUGAUUCUCUAUUACCGGAUUUACCACGCAGCCAAGAGUCUUUACCAGAAAAGGGGAUCGAGCCGGCAUUUAAGCAACAGAAGUACAGAUAGCCAGAAUUCUUUUGCGAGUUGUAAACUUACACAGACGUUCUGCGUGUCUGACUUCUCCACCUCAGAUCCCACUACAGAGUUUGAAAAGAUCCAUACUUCCAUCCGGAUCCCUCCCUUUGACAAUGACCUCGAUCAACCUGGAGAACGCCAGCAAAUCUCCAGUACCAGGGAACGCAAGGCAGCACGCAUCCUCGGACUGAUUCUGGGUGCAUUCAUUUUGUCUUGGCUUCCGUUUUUUAUCAAAGAGUUGAUUGUAGGUCUGAGCAUUUACACUGUGUCCUCCGAAGUGGGUGAUUUUUUGACAUGGCUCGGUUAUGUUAAUUCUCUGAUCAACCCACUGCUGUACACAAGUUUUAAUGAAGACUUUAAACUGGCUUUUAAAAAGCUCAUUAGAUGCCGAGAGCAUACCUAGAUUGUAAAAAACCAAAAUGCAUGACUUUUACCAGAGCCUCUGGAGUACAUGGGGGUAAGGGAUGCAACUUAUUAAUUCUUGAACAUACUUGGUUCAGGAGAGUUUGUAAGUACGUGAGAUUCAUUUAUUUCUUGGUUUUGUCCUAUUUUGUUUGAGGCUUGUUAUUUGGUGUACUGUUUUCUACCUCUGGUCUUAUCUGUGGUACAUAUUUCAAAUAAA